GUUUCAUUCUCCGAACGAAAUAUAAAACAGAGAAAAGCGCUUCGAAAAUAUGAAAGGCUUAGAAAUGGUGGUGACGUCUUUCUCUUCACCGCCGCCUAUCUUCUUCUCCCUUGGAGCUGAUCCUCAGAUUUCUUCUUCCAAUGGCCGCUUCGCGUUACCCUCGUCUCUAUUUUCCUAUUCUCUCAUAAAGGGACUAAGAAGACACCAAGAUGCAAAGCUGGUGGGAAACAGAGCAAGAGGUGUACCAGUUCGAGUCCUAGCAAAUCCAAAUGCAUCUCCUCCUCCAGGGAAAGGAAAGGUAAAAAAAGAGGUAUUCAUGGUAGACCCUCUUGAGGCCAAACGGUUAGCAGGAAAGCAAAUGGAAGAGAUCAAAGGCAGAGAGAAGCAACAGAGAAGGCGUGAAAUUGAGGCGAUAAACGGAGCUUGGGCAGUCAUUGGACUCAUGAUAGGGCUUGUGAUUGAAGCUCAAACAGGGAAGGGUAUUCUGGCUCAGUUGGCUGGUUAUUGGUCUGCGGUUCUGCAUAUUUUCAUUCCAGCAACACAGAAUCUCCCACAAUAGACAAAACAUUGACUAUAUGUCUUGUUGAGUUUUCAUUCGUUUUACUCUACUCUCUAUAGUGACAAAAAUUGAUGUUGUUCAUGUAAGUUGUUAACAGUGUCACCCCCUCGACUAUAUGCAGACCAACUAUAUACACGUUUCGGUUCUAUAAGAUGAUUUGGAUUGUAUUCAUAUUUUGUAGAUUCUCCCACUAU